AACCCAGGUCUACACGGACUCAGGAUCCAUUUUCCUUCCCUGCUGGUUCCCAAAUCUGGCUGCUUGGUCAGAAUUGCCUGGAGGGCUUUUUGGACCAUACAGAGGCCCGACUUUUUCCUUUUCCUUUUUGUUUCCUGAGUCAGAACGCCUGGAUCCUCCGUGGGGCCAGAGUGGGGAGGCUGCCCCUCGGACCCCACUCCUGCCUCUCCCUCUUGGUCACUCUGCUCUGGGUACACAGCCCAGCUCCGGGAAAGCCCAGCUGGUCCCCACCUUGCCCUCUGCACUUGCCCUUCCCGAAUACUCUGCUGCCGGCCUUUCCUGUGACUUACUCCUGCCUCUGUCUUCAGUCCCUUGCUCCAAUGUCACCUUCCCAAGGAGAUCUUCCUGGCCAUCUGCAAACCCUCCUCUCCAACCCCUUCUGCUCUGGGCCACAGAUUCUUGAUCCAGGCCACAUAUCCGGGCCACCCGGGACACUUGAACAUUGCCGAUGCCCAGAGACUGGUUCUUUUGGUCUGAGUGAGCCCCAGGCUCUACCCAAAGCAGCCUGGGAUACGGAUCAGGGCUCCAUUCCACCCCUGUGGGUUUUACCCAUCCCUCUCUCCACGUUUGUGUACUGGCCGUGUUUCCGGUGGGGCGGAGCAAGUACUCGGCCUGUGUUCCCAGUACCCCGAAAGCCCCCCAGCAGACAGUAGCAGCGCAGCAAGUACCUGUCAGAUGAACAGUUGGGAUGAGGGAAACUUGGGGAAAGGUCGCUUGCCUUCUGAUAAGCUCUGAGGACUAUAGGGGAAAUUUGCCGGAUCAGUCACUGCCCCUCCUCCAGUGCUGCCUGUGAACUCCCACUGUAGCCCCGGGCCCAGCACUGGGGGAGGAUGGUGGGUGGGACGACAGGGGGCGCUGCGGCCUCCCUGCCUGAAGUAUUGGGUUGCAGGAUAGCAGACAGAGUCGGAGCUGCAAGGGUACCAGCACGCAUCCAGGCUGAGCCCGCCUUGUGCAGAUGAGCACCAGGGCCUGGUGAGGGAAGGAGCCUUGGCCACGGUCGCCCUAGAGGGUAAGGGCCCCCAGGGGGCUGACGCUGUUGGAGGCCUCCUCCUGGGCUCAGCAUGCUAUUCGACCUUGGCCCAGCCUCUGACCUUCUCUGGAACUUCAGUGUCCUCGGUCUGUAACUUUGGCUGAGAUGGUCCCAAUCGCUGAGGUGGGGCGUCUCUGCGAAUCCUUUCCUGAGACCCGCAGAGCUUGCAAGGGGUUAAGCUCCUCCUGCCGACUCUCACUGUGCUUGCAGAGGAGCCCCCUCCUUCUGACAAACACUUGUAGGAAAUCGGGCUGGGCGCUUCCUGCCCAGGCGAGGCGGCCUCAGCCGCAGCAGGGGCGGGGAGAGGUGGGGAGCGAUGCUGGUCUGUGAGCAGCAGCUCAGGCUGGCAGAGCGGCCUGGAGGCGGGCCAGGGCACCAUGGAGGCGGGGGGCGCCCCAGGUUUGGAACAAAGACCUCACAGGCAGGUCCCCUGAGCCUGGGCCAGCAGGAUGGUGGUGGAGCCCGAGAGAGGCUGCAGGCAGCAUGGCCAGUACUGAGCCGAGCCAGCGGUGACUCGGGCACCCGCGGUGGCAGCUCCAUCUCCUGAAGAUGAAGUGGCCCGGGAGGAGCGCGGGCUAGGCCCGAUGGCCGGCUCCAGGACGGAGGUGUGCUGGGCCGAGCCGGGCCUGGGGAAGGGGCCCCAGCGGCGGCGCUGGGCCUGGGCUGAAGAGGAAAAGGAUGCCGAUGGCGUAUGGGUAAAAGGUCCACCCUUUCCCGGUGCCAGCAGCCCUGAGCUCCUGGAGGACUUCCGGCUGGGGCAGCAAUGCCUGCAGCCCCCAGUGUGGGGCCCGGACUCACCACCUGCUCAGUGCCGGGAUUCCCAGUCCGGAGAGUCUGCGGGAGAGGAGUUUGAAGUAGAGGAUGUGGACAGCCCGGAAAGUUCCAGCUUGCCCCUCAGCUGGCUCCCCCAGCAGGAUCCGCAGCCGGCCAUGACUGAAGGGGAGCCGGAUGAGACCCUCGGAGGUCCUGAGCUGGAGGAAGCCGGAGAGAGCUCCCCAAGAUUGGAGCAUGAGACUGAUCUCAGCUCAGGGGGCAAUGGAAACAUCAGCCCCGUGGCUGUGGGCUGGGGUCAGGACACAGGCUGGGCGGCCUCUGGCAAACAAGCCAGUGGAGACAAACUUCCAGAACAUUCUGACGUCAACCCAACGGUUGGCUUUAGCUCUGCAAGGUCCUGGAGCAGUGGGACCGUGAGCCUCGACCACCCCAAUGACAGCCUUGAUUCUCCCUGGGAAGGAGAAACUGAUGUCCCCCAGCCGGCUGCCCCGGAAGAAACUUUACCACAGAGCUCCAGCCACCGCCUCCUAAACCCACACGCCAGGACGGGGGGAAGCGUUGCUCUGGCAACCCCCACGGAAUUCCAGGACUCCUCAGCACCCCAGACCCAGAGCCGCCAGCGUCCAGCAGACAAGUGGAAAGAAACGACCAGCCUCUCCUGCCCUCAGUUCAGGGACCAAGCCCGGAAAUGGACACGGACAUCACCUAAGCCACUCCCUUCUCGAUUCACCGGCUCUGUCAGCCCACCGAACCUGGCUAGGCCGAUUCAGCGAGACAGGCUGCCGCCCAGGCAGGGGGCCACUCUGGCUGGCCACUCAUCUUCUGAUGCCUCCAAGUAUGGCCGGGGGCCGCUGAACUACCCACUCCCUGAUUUCUCCAAGGUGGGACCCCGGGUGAGGUUCCCCAAAGAUGAGAGCUACCAGCCCCCCAAGGCCAGGAGCCACGGCAGGCAGCUUCAGGGUCCUGCCAGGCCGCUGGUCUUCAAAUCACCUGCUGAGAUCGUGCGGGAGGUGCUGUUGAGCAGCGGCGAAGCCUGCCCGAGAAAGGACCCACCUCCUACCCACCCCAUCACUAGGGUACCCCAAGAAUUUCAGACUCCUGAACAAGCCACCAAACUGGUUCAUCAGCUCCAGGAGGAAUACCACAAGCUUCUCACCAAGUACGCCGAGGCGGAGAACACCAUCGACCAGCUGCGCCUUGGGGCCAAGGUGAACCUGUACUCGGACCCGCCCCAGCCCAGCCACAGCAUCCAUGAGGGGACAGUGCCCCAGGGGACCAAGGUCUUGUCCUUCACCAUCCCACAGCCCCAGUGUGUGGAGCGGUGGUCGGGGCCCGAAGCCCUGCAGGCCUCUGGGGCCUCAGGGUGGCCAUCAGUUCAAAGAGACCCGAGCCCCUCCUCAUCUGCCCCAGGGUGGCUUGUGGAGAACCCAGGCAUCGCCCAGGACCCGCUGUCAACAGAGCGGACCCAGGAGACCUCAAGCAUCGCCCAGGACCCGCUGUCAGCAGAGCGGACCCAGGAGAGCCCAGGCAUCGCCCAGGACCCGCUGUCAGCAGAGUGGACCCAGGCGCUGGCUUCUCAGGCCAGCCUGUUCCUGGCCAAGGUCGAGUCCUUCGCAGGGCUGAUGCGGGCAGGACUGCUGACGCCCCAGGACCAGCUCAAGGGCUUCCAGCAGCUAAAGGCCGCCCACGCUGUCCUGGAGGAGGGGUACCUGAAGGCCCGCAGGGAGCAGCAGCUGGCCAGCCCCCGGGGGACACCGGGGACAUUUGAUCCCAGCAGGGUGCUAGAGGAAGAGAUAUUCCAGCUGGGCAUUCGCCUGGAGGAGCUGAGGGACCACAUGGAGCAGAGCCAGCCUGAGCCCGGGCGAGCCGGGCCGGACUCCACUCCGGACAGCCCCCCCUCCACGGCCUCCCCAUGCCAGCCAGCGCGCCCGCCUUCUCCUUCAGGACAGGCCCCCACACCCGCCACCCGCACCCUCUGCCCUCAGCCUGACGCCACUCGCAGCGGCCCCUGCCUAUCGCAUGUGAAUGAGGAGCUGAGCACUGCCAGCAGUGAGACGGAGGACGGGCCACCGGGUCUCCCGGCCCCACUCAGGCCGAAGGAGCUGCAGACGGGGCAGGAUUUCCAUGGCCUCCUGGAGCGGUACCUCAGCGUGAAGACCCUCCCAGAAGCCAUGAAGGUGGAGGAGGAAGAGGAGGAGGAGGAGGAGGAGGGGCAGGGCCCUUUGGUAGAAGUUGACGGACCAGCUCCAGCUCCAAGAAAAUCAGAGGCCACCAGGAUCCCCAUAAGGCAGCUCCCAGCACCGGCUGAAAGAAGUCACAGGACCCCCCUCAAGGAGGCUGUGGAGCAGAUGAUAUCCUCCACGCCGGCGGGCUUCCAUGCGCCCAUGGCCAGAGAUGGCUACCUCCAGGACCCAGACGAGGCCGAGACAGGUCCCCCGGGCCCCGGCAGGCCACCGCACCCUCGGGGCACCAAGACUGCGGCUUCCCACCAGAGCAGUCUGACCAGCUUAGAGGGAAGCGGCAUCUCUGAGCACCUUCCCCAGAAGUCUCUGCAUCACGCUGGUGGGCCCCACCUAGAGGAGCCCUGGAUGGCUUCCCCGGAGACUGACAGUGGCUUCGUAGGCUCGGAAACCAGCAGGGUGUCGCCCCUCACCCACAUACCAGAGCACCGGCUCUCACACAUCAGCGCUGCAGGAGCACUGGCCCAGCCCUUUGCCGCAUCUGAGCCCCGGGACAAAGUCUCCCACCCGCAGACCAGGGGCCCCCCAGUCCCCAGAAGAUCCGCGGAGCCCAGCACACCCAGGAGACGAGCUCAGAGGCGACCCUCUGGCCGGGACAGUCCUCUGCGGCAGAGGACACCCAGCUUCUGCCAGGAGCAGGCGCCGGUGGCCCAGAUGGCGGUGCCCGGCUCAGAGCUGGAGGGGCGGCAGCGGAUCUCUGAGCAGCUCGCCCGCGGCACUACCGUCAGCCCGCCGCCCACCUUGGCCCCUGAAGCUGCCGCUCUGCCCCCGGGGCCGACGGAGAGCACCCGCACCAUCCUCCUCACCAGGACGGGGCGAGACCAGGCCAUCCGAGAGCUGCAAGAGGAGGUGUGUCGGCUCCGUCUGCGGCUGGAAGACAGCCUGCACCAGCUGCCCCGGGCCAGCCUCACGCGCCCGCCGACCCCCGUCCCCCACCCCACCCGGGCCCGGGCCCGGCUGGCAGACUCCUCAGCCGCCUGGGGCUCCCACUGUGGCAGUAAAUCCACAGAGAGGCUGUCUGGUGAGCCUGCAGGUGCAGAACAAGCUGAGCCCGCAGGAAGGCGGCGAGCCAGGUCCUCCUCUGUGCCUCGGGAGGCGCCCCUGCUGUCCCUGACUUCCGAAUCUGAGCCAAACUCCCCGCAGCUGUUGUCUGAGAAGAGCCGGACCUCUGAGGACAGUGUGCAGGCAGCUCAGGAUGGACAGAAAAGAGCAGGCAGCACCAGGCGGCCAGACAGGGUCACCUUCUGGGGCCAGUACACAGGCCAGGAGUACCAUGUUCUGACCCCCAAGGCCGUCCCGAGAGGCGGCGGCACAGUCUCCUGUCCCCGCUGCCGACCUGCUAGGACCCAGGACUCAGGUGGUACUGUCACCAGGGACCCACCGGGACCCGCUCCCACAGACACCCUGCGAUGUCCCCUGUGCGGUCAAGUCAGGUGCCCCCCAGAGACGGAUGGCCCCGACUCAGCCACCUCUGGGCCGGAAAGCACUGCCCCAAAGAGGAACGCACACGCACGCUCAGCUUCUGGCCCCUCGCAGCGGAGCAAGCAGGCAGGGUCGCCGGCCCGGCCGCCCCCUGGACUGUGGUAUCUGGCCGCCACGCCCCCAGCACCGGCCCCUCCUGCCUUUGCCUACGUCUCCUCGGUGCCCAUCAUGCCUUAUCCGUCAGCCACUGUGUACUAUGCGCCUCCGGGACCUACCUCAGCUUCCUCCCCCCAAGCAGCCGCCGCCGAGUGGCCCCCCGCAGCCUCCCCCCGGCCGGCCCGGGGGCACCGGCACUCCGUCCAGCUGGACCUGGCGGACUUGGAAGAGCUCAACAAGGCCCUGAAUCGAGCCGUGCGGGCCGCCGAGAGCAUCCGCUCCACCACCAAACACAUGAGCCGCUCCCUGUCGGCCGACCUGCGCCAGGCCCGGAGCCUCAGGGGCUCCUGCCUCUUCUGACUUGGCUCUGGAGACUCAGACACGGACGGGGGGGGGGGGGGGGACAGGUGGACGGGCUGCCUGCUCUGUCCCCCAGGCCAGGACUCGGCUGGAGCCAGGCCUGCGGGUCCCCGCAGUCCCCUCCCGAGCACUGGGGUGCGGGCCUGGGCAUCGUGAGAAGGAACUUGCCCGGGGACCAGCCCCAGAGCCCGAGGCCACCUUCUGCCCGGAGGCAAUCUCGGGGUCUGCUGGCCCUGCACUGCCCACCUCUGGCUAAUAAUAUGUAUUUUAUAUACAGAUGGACAGAUUUUUUUUUUUUUUUUUUUUUUUUUUUUUUUACUGAGCUUCCCUGCUCUUAGAUCCAACCUACAAGGCCAGAUAAGAAGGCAUAGGGCCGGAGUCUCUGGUACGAACCUGUCUCCUCGCCUGUGACCAGCCCCUCCAGCGUGGGCAUCUCUGGGAAUUUCCUCCUGCUGACUGGUGACCAGCUGGGCUCUUUGACACCAUCAAAAUGUCAAGAUGUCGGGCCCCCAGGAUAACAUAUGCCCAGCUCCUCUGGAGAGGACUUUCCCACCGGCCCGCUGGGAAGGGGACACGCACAGGGGGGCCCAGGAAGCUGUGCACCAUGGUCCCUCUCUGUACCUCAUCCCCAGAGCCCCAGCGCUGUCCCCGGGACCCCUGUGGAAUCUGGCUGGCGGCCUAGCCCCUGCCAGGCCCUGGUCUGGAGGCCAGCCUGUCUCUUGCUCCUACCUUGUAGCAGCGUGAACCUCAGCCUUUCUGGAAUGUGUAUGCAUCAGUGAUAUUUGUAUAUUUGAGGCAUUUAAAAGUCUAUUUUCGUUAUAAGGGGAAA